CAUAGAAACGACCGGUUGGAGACAAUAAAGCUCAGAAAUACACAUUGUGUGCAGCAAAGCGGUCAGUUGUUUUUAAUAGCUACUGGUGUACAUUUGCGAGUGAAUAAUUGUUAAUUACAAAGAUAUAAACAUUUUGUGAUUUCCAAUUUGAUUGUGUCUGUGGAUGAAAGUUUAUCAAUAUAAUUUCUUGUCUGUUUGGUAAAAAGAAUACUAUCAGAAGAUAACAUGUCAACGAAACCUGUUCUAUAUUAUUCACCACGUAGCCCCCCAUGCCGUGCCGUGCUUUUGACAGCGGCGGCUAUUGGAGUGGAACUGGAUUUACGCCUAACGAACCUGAAGGAAAAGGAACAUUUAACACCCGAAUUCCUAAAACUCAAUCCUCAGCACACCAUACCUGUACUAGACGAUAACGGUACAGUUGUAACAGAUUCACACGUUAUUAGCGCCUAUCUAGCAGACAAGUACUCACCCGAUGAAACUUUAUAUCCGAAAGAUAAACUCAAACGUAUGGAAGUGGACGCACGUCUCUACUACGAUGCUGGUCAUUUAUUCCCACGCGUACGUCUUAUGGUCGAACCGGUUAUUUACUUUGGCGCUGACAAUAUAGAGCAACACAAAAUUAAUUACAUGCACUUGGCGUACGAUGGCUUGGAGAAGUGUCUCACCAAUUCCCCAUACUUGUGUGGUGAGAAUUUGACCAUUGCCGAUUUGUGUGCUGUGGCCUCAGUCUCUAGCGGUGCGAUCUUUGCGCCGAUUAAUGAAGAGAAAUUCCCCAAACUCGCGGCAUGGUUAAAUCGUUUGACGCAACUGCCCUACUACAAGAAGAAUAAUCAAGAGGGCGCCGAUUUGUUGGGCUCUCUCGUGAAAGAUUUACUCGUAGCGAACAAGAAGGCAAAAGAGAAUCAAUAAUAUCAAGUCUUGUUAUGUUAAAGAGUGUUAUAAAAAAUGCAGAGAACUUUGAAUAAAUUAAGAGUAAAUUCGCAAAUUCUAUCGAAAAAAUGCACGAAGUAAAGAGAAAAAAGAAAGAAAAUCUGUUGUUUGGAUUAAUACUUGGAUUAAUACAUCUGGCAAUUGCAUUGAAUUGGACUUUCAGUCAGUUUAAAUCGGCACUGGUUUGGUGGAUAUAAGAAUAAAUAUAGCAUAAAUAAAUAAAUGCAUCAAA